GGUUGUGCUCUGCCCUGGGCGGGCUGUGGGGCGGAGCGGCCUGGGCGGCGCCGCCCUCCAGGUGCCAGGCGGGGGCCGAGGCCAGCGCCGUUGCAGGGAGAGCAGGCCGGGCCAUGACCCCCGCGGCCCACGGCUGCAGGCGCGUUGCCUGGUGUCCCUCACGGCCGCCAGCGUCCGCGCCCAGGGCGCCCCGGGAAGCGGUGAGUGUGCUCGCGCCAUGCGCGCCACGGCGGACACUCCGGGCUUUGGAGAUCUGGAACGCCUGCAGAGGCGACGCCAUGGGGCUGAAGCCCUCCUGUCUGAAAGGCUUUAAGAUGUGUGUCAGCAGCGGCAGCGGCAACAGCCAUGACGAGGCCCCUGUGCUCAGCGACAAGCACCUGAGUGUUCCCAACAUCAUCAUCACCCCCCCGACCCCGACUGGCGUGGGCCUUUCCAGGGACUCAAAGCAGACAGUCUGGAUGGAUGAGUUGGGGGCUUAUCAAGAUGAUGGGGAGUUGGAGCCUGAAGCCUGAGAAGUCAUCACAUGGUGGGACCUGUGCAGUAGCUGCUUGCCCCACUGCCCCUUGCCCUGGGUGUUGGGGACAUGGCUGUGUGAGCAGCUGGAUGGGGACAGCGAAGUGGGCCCUGGACCAAGACAGAAGUGGCCAGAGGAACACAGCAGAUCUCUGGCCCCAGUGGAGCAGACAUCUGUCACCUCCAUGUUCUUGCCAGCCUAGACCCCAGCUUGGUGACGAGGAGACUGACCUGCCCUACGGCCACUGUGACCAUGGACCCUGGCCAUCAAGGUCACAGCAAACAAGGACUUCUCGCCAGAGCAGGGCCUCUGUUUUUUACAAGUUGUUUUACAGGUACAGAACCCACAUCCUGAGCGAGAUUUAUAAAUAAAGCUCCUUUGUGA